AUGUCUCCUUCGAUUCCAUCGAGAGCUUUCAAAUUCAUCGAGGACUUGAGCACCUCCGUACAAGGUACCGACAGCAUGGAUUAUCACCGUGGAAAGCUACUCAACUAUGUGGCCUUUCAAUGGUCUCACAUAGUCACCAAUUACUCCCCGGAAAGCAUUGAGCUUCUCGGUACAUUCGCUGUUCACUUUAUCUUUUACUGGUUUGGUUCGCUUGUCUUCGCUCUCGCCGACCUCUAUGCUCCUUCCUCUAUUCUCAAGAAAUACAAGAUCCAAUCCAUCUCCAAGCAGCCUUCCCGCCAGGUCAUGCUCCAAUGCAUUCCCAGUGCCCUUCAAAACCAGCUCAUCACAUCAGCCUUGCAUGCGCUCAAACUCUUGGCUCUUCGCAGUAUCACUGGCCGAUUUGCCGGGUACCGCAUUGAGCGUACCUUGCCAUCACUACUAGAGAUUAUAACCGAUGCCCCCCUCUGCUUUAUCGGCCGGGACUUUGUCUGCUACUAUGACCAUCGCAUUCUCCACCUGCCUUGGUUCUACCGACGCUUCCACAAGGAGCACCACAAGUUUACAGCACCUGUGGCUGUGGCAGCGGAGCACACACAUCCUGUGGACCAUAUCCUCAUAAAUGUUCUGCCGGUUGUUAUACCGGCAACCCUGUUUCGAGUACAUCUUGUAACGUUUUGGUUGCUCAUGUCGUCAACAAUCCUACAGGGGUCUCUGGGUCAUUCAGGGUGGCAUGUGCGGAGUAUUUUUGAUAGGAAAACUACCAGUCAUGACGCACACCAUGAGCUGUUUGAUGUCGAAUAUGGGACGUUGGGCUUGAUGGAUUGGCUGCACGGGACAAACUAUAUGGGAAAGCACAAAAGUAAAGGCAAAGGGAAGGUGCAUUAA